AGUCAAGUCGUUCGUGCCAACCUCGGCCAGCGAAAGAUCAACUUCUCGGUGUUCAACCCACUACGUCCCAGAUUUUCGCUGUUCCUAUACUCGUCAAUUAAAUUUGGCUCAAUAUAGUGCAAGAUGGCCAUUGAAAAGGAAGGCACUUUGGAGGUGAUGGGCAACAGCCUCUAUACCAAGUCAUGGCUGCCCGACGGCCCCAUUAAAGCCAAGCUCAUCUUUAUCCACGGCUUCAGCGACCAUCUCGGCCGCUACAACGCCUUCUUUCCAACCCUGGCCGCCCGCGGCAUCGCCGUCCACGGCUUCGACCAGCGCGGCUGGGGCCUCUCGGUCAAGAAACCCGCCGACAUGGGCCUGACAGGCCCCACCACCCAGGUCCUCGCCGACAUGGCGGCCUUCAUCACGCCGCACCUGCCGUCCGACCCGUCCGACCCGCCCGUCUUCGUCCUGGGCCACUCCAUGGGCGGCGGGCAGGUUCUGACGCUGGCGUGCCACCCGGAGUACCAGGAGACGGUGGUGCGCAAGGUGCGCGGCUGGAUGCUGGAGGCGCCCUUCAUCAGCUUCUCGCCCGAGGAGCAGCCGUCGGCGGUCAAGGUGUUUGCGGGCCGCCUCGCCGGCCGCCUGCUGCCGCACUUCCAGCUCAAGCACGAGAUCAUGCCCGAGCACCUGACGCGCGACGUCGAGACCCGCAAGAGCCUGCUCGAGGACAAGCUGAUGCACAACACGGGCACGCUCGAGGGGCUCGCCGGCCUGCUAGACCGCACCGCCGCGCUGGCGAGCGGCCAGGUGAGGCCGCUGCCGGGCGGCGCGCUCAAGAGCCUGUGGGUGGGCCAUGGCACGGAGGAUAAGACGACGUGGUAUGAGGCGAGUCGCAAGUACUUUGAUGAGUUCACGGGCGAGGUGCAGGAUAAGGAGUUUAAGGCGUACGAGGGGUGGUAUCACCAGCUACAUGACGACGGUCCUGAUAGCAAAGAGUUCUACAAGGACGUCGGCGAUUGGAUUCUGGCAAGGUGUGAAGAGGAGGGGAAGGCGGGGCCAAAGCUGUAGGGGGAAUGCGGUAUCAUAGGGUUGGGACAUUGUAUUGGGGAUGUAAGUUUGAGUGUGUGAGGUAACGAUACGAAUUUCUUAUUCUCUCUCGUAUAGAUCAGCCCUUGCGUAGAUUCUUGCGCCAUGCUGGCGGCCACAAGGCUAGAAACUGGUGUGACCCAGAUAUCAGAUAUCGGGUUCGGUUCGGCUUGCCAUUCGGGAACUUGUCCUCAGUAUCCCGGAAGCCCCCGAAGACGGGAUGGGAUAUACCCCGCUGCAAGACCAUCAGGUCUAGAACCUCGAGGUACCGAUGUCGUGUAUAAAGCGCCCCGGAUCGGCGUUCGAGAAUCAGCUUUGACCAUCUCCUUUCCAGUCUCCUGGGUUUUUGCCGCAACGUCGAACCUCGAAACUGGGCACUGCGCCACACCAGGAAUCAAGCAAAGAAGUCCCCGGA